CCAUCGGUUGUCAAAAUCAGCUGUUCCGAAAACUCCUCGCCUGAUAAUGUCAUGUUUUUAUCGCACCUGACAGUUUCGCUCUCCUGAGAUAUCGUCGACCAAUUGUGGUGGUAAGGAUAAGUGCGGAAGACGUAUAGUUGUCGUAUAGAAUAUUCAGUCGUUUUCUGACCGCUAUGGUAUUCGCUCUGGUGGUGUUGAAUUCAAGUGACUAGUGAAAUGGUGGCUCUUCCUACGUUACUCAUGACCGCGGUGGAAUUUUCAAACUUUUUCUCGAUCUUCGCGGUCCUUCUGGUGUUCUGUGCCAUGAUCAUGUUCAUCACUAAGAGGUUUGACGAAAGCUAUGAAGACCCUGAAGGAAAUCCUAGACACAUUUGGAACAUGAUGAUCCUGAGGGUUCACGGCGACGAUCUGGUUUUCUCCACGUCCAUACACAAUGUGGCGCCGAGGAUACCGCAGAUGAACAUGAUGAAGGUCCACAUACCGUUCACUUUCAAGCUUCUGGAAACCUCGAAGUCAUCCUACAACGAACUGCAAUGCAGGCUGUCCAGCCAGGUGAACUACUCAGUGAGAGUCUACUGGGGCGUCAACAUCAGAGAGCUACAUAUAUUUUUAUGGAGACCAUGGGCAGACCUGAGGGACGCUUGCACGACAGGUGAUUUCUUGCAAGGUUACUACCAGUAUCCGGGAUUGAGAGUGAACAAAAAUCCACAUUCCGACCAGACGUUUGUCCUGAAAUUGCCCGCCCCAUCGCUGGACCUUGGGACCCCACCGAGGCUAUGCUAUCCCCUAGUUAUAGUACUCUUGAGGAACGACGUAGUUGACAACGUGCAUCCCGACGAAACCGUAGCUUUGAUCAACGUAGUCCAUAUAAAGGACCAAGUUUGCACUUUACCGACCAGUAUUUUAGCCCAGUAUUUGAAGCAGGCAAACGGACAGUUGUCAUGCCUUAAACAAUUGUAUUUGGCGACAGGGAACCCGGGAGGUUUCGAAGAGAGCCAGAUACCCCUGGCCGUGGCGGAACCGGUAGAGGGAGGUCCUGGACCCCUGGGGAGGACGUUGGUGUGUCCGACAUCCGAAGAUUCUGCGCUCUGGAACAGCUCGGGCGAUCAACUGUGCGUCGUGUGUCAAUAUUUUCCUUUGUCUAGGGCUUUGCUACCUUGCAGGCAUACAUGCAUCUGCGCUAGCUGCUUCGAGAAGCUCGACCGCUGUCCGAUGUGUCGAGGUCCGAUAAAGAGUUAUUUCUGUAUCAGGGGCGAAGAGUACAUGCCGAUCCAGUCCAAAAACACCAGUGGCUCCGCGCACGGCAGUUUCUAUAACUGGUUAGACAGUUGGAAUGACAGAUUGACGGAUUUUCUCGGUUUUCAGAGAUAAUAUGUAACUAACUGAUGUAAAAUAACUUAUUUAUUGACCUUUUCUCGCUAUAAUCGAACGAAAAUAAUGAAUGCGUGAGAAAUCUCACGAAGAAAUGUCGUUUCUGAUCUUGUCGCCGCGGGUUCUCGCGUUGAACGACUGACUUGACGUUACGAUCACGAAAAACUCACCACGAUUGACACUUUCAGUUCAUGUCUAAAUUCGAUGAUAACCUAAAAACUCGAUGACGCUUAUCUAUAAUGUUUGAAAUAUAAUUUUUGUCAUGUUUUUGAAAAAAAAGAUUCCAUUUUGGUCCUUAUGUUUUAAUAUACGAUAUCGAAAGAAAUGAUUUUCCAGUGUUUUGAAGGAUUACGGGUAGAGUGGCGCCAUCUUGCAUCGAACUUCCAAUUGACAGCUGUCAGAGUAUUGGAACUUUUGGUUUUUAACCUUAAUGAUCCAGAAGGGUGGACCCUUAUUCGAUUCGACGAACAAAGUCAAUAUCGUUUUCAUUUUUUUUUUUGACUGAAACGGUAGAGAUUUGUGCUGUGAGUAAAUUCUGAACGACUUGAAAAUAUUUAUGCAGUGCAGGAAGAAAUAUGAGUUUUUCUUGACUUUAUUCCUUAUUUGAAGGAGUUUUUUUCUUCAGUACCUUCAUCUGAUAUUUUCUGUACAUAUUAUUAAUACGAAGGCAUCAAGAACUGAUCUCAUCGUAAUUUAUCAUUUCAUUUUUCGCUUGAUCAGAGACCUGAGAGAUUUAUAUGUGCAUUCAUCAAUAUCACAUCUUCGUUGAAUGGAUCUGAAGGAUUUUCUGAUGAAGGAAUUUCUUUCGUAUGAACAAAAUUUUUAAUUGAUGAACGAUGCUUUCUUGUUGUAGGUUUCUUCAAUGAAAUAUUUCAUCUUAUUCGUGCAAUCUGAUUUUUGGUUCAAGUAUUUCAGUCAACCGAGGUAGAAUAACAAAUUUUAACAUUCCUUAAUAUCUAGAUGUCUGCCUUGUUUGAAUUUUUACAAUUUCGAAUUGAAAAAUUUGAGACAACCGCUACUAAAGAGCGAAAUGAAAAAUCUUAUCGGAAAAUCCAAUGAUAAUUUUCAUGCAUCACCUCAUCGUUCCCCAUCACACCAAGAUUCUCACCACUUGUAUUAUAUUCUCAAACAUCACUCAAGAUAUUCAAACUGAGGGAUAUUAUUUGAAGUGAAUGAAGAGAAGAUAUCCCUUUGACGUAGAGCAUAUAUGUUGCAAUAAUAGAAAGAAGUAGUUUGAAUAUUGUGCAAAGUUAUAUUUUACAAUAUAUAUUUGUAUGUAGUAGAAGAUAAAUGAAGUAAGCCUGUGAUAAUAUUAUACUGAAUAAUAAAAAAUUUAUAGACAUAG